AUGCUGGACAGAUUUCUCGCCAGACUCGAGGACCCAGAACGCCCCUUUCUGGGUCCUGUUAUAAAAUUUCUUACCAUCUGGGGUGUGUGGCUUUCUAAUAAUCCUAAGAUGUUGAUGAUGUCCAUACUUUUACAACUAUUUGAAACCGUUUUCAUUAUAACCGAGUUUAUAGAUCUCUUCUACGUUAAGGCAAGCUUAGAUUUGCUAUUAACCAACCUAAAGUUUUCGAUGCAAGGCGCUAUUAACAUGUGCAAGGUUUGGUCAUUCAUCGCCUGGCAAAAAGAUUGGAGGGCCGUCUGUGACUAUGUGACGAGGGCAGAUAUUGCCAACAGAUCUUCUUUUGACCCCAAAAAGAAGAAAAACAUUGAAGGAUUCACCAAGUACUGUAGAAUAGUAACCUACACUUAUGGGACUUUCACGUUUGCCACUGGUUUUGUAGUAAUCUUUCAGCCGGGUUUCAAGUAUCUCCUAUCAUCGACGUAUAGAGAGAAUGUGAAAGCGGGAAGAGAGGAUUAUAUGCAAGUCAUCAGCUCCUGGGUACCCUUCAAUAAGCACGAAAUGCCAGGCUAUUUCUUCGCUUGUGUCAUACAAGGUCUUGGAACGUUUGUGGCAGCUGGCUGGAUCACCUCAUAUGAUGUUAUUGCGCUGUCAAUCAUGAUUUUUAUAAGGGCUGAGUUGGAGGCGUUGAAAAUCGACACGGCGGCCAUAUUUGAUGCCUCUGAAAGUGACACGAUUGAUAGAAUCAGAAAUUGUCAUAAAAGGCACAUUGAGCUGAUACAUUAUAGCGAGCUGUAUAAUUCUUGUACAUCGCCGAUUUUAUUACUCUACACUUUUAUAUGUACAGUAAUACUCUGUUCCACAGCUUAUCAAAUUACCAACCUGGAAACAAGUACAAUGCAGCAGUUAAUGACAGUCGUGUACCUUAUGUUUGGUGUCGCCCAACUCUUUCUUUACAGCUGGCAUAGUAACGAUGUGCUGUACGCUAGUAUGGAUCUAAUCCGUGGACCGUAUGAAAGCAAAUGGUGGACGCAAAGCCCAUCUCAUCAAAGAAACCUAUUCAUUCUCGUUGUUCAAUUGUCCAAAACUAUUAUAUUCACCGCCGGACCAUUUACCAAUCUCACCGUUGCUACUUUUAUAAAUAUACUGAAAGGCGCUUAUAGUUAUUACACGCUGCUUUAA